UCAGCUCAGUCAGUAGCAGCUAGCAGGCACUGUGAAAACGAUAAGGUUUGGACCAGCCGAGCCGGCAGCCACAGCCUCUCCCUCUCCCUCCCGAGCGCCGGAGCUCGUCUCCUCUCCUCGCCGGCGCCACCGCCCCCAUGCUCCUCCCAAUGCGCGGCCUCCCGGCCGCCCCACCCCGCCCGCUCGCCCACCCACACACCGCGCCCGCGCCGCCGCCCUCGCUCCUCGGUCCCCGGCGCCGCCGUCCGUCCCGGAGGCUCUCCAAGGUCGUGUCCUACUACGGCCUCACGACUCCGCCGUACAAAACCGACGCCCUGGAGCCGUACAUGAGCAGGCGGGCGGUGGAGCUGCACUGGGGCAAGCACCAGCAGGACUACGUGGACGGGCUCAACAAGCAGCUCGCCAUCAGCCCGCUCUACGGCCACACCCUCGAGGACCUCAUCAAGGAGGCCUACAACAACGGCAACCCGCUGCCCGAGUACAACGACGCGGCCGAGGUCUGGAACCAUCACUUCUUCUGGGAAUCGAUGCAGCCGGAAGGCGGCGGCUCGCCCGAGGCAGGUGUGCUGCAGCAGAUCGAGAAGGAUUUCGGCUCCUUUUUUAAUUUCAGGGAGGAGUUCAUGCGCUCGGCGUUGUCGUUGUUGGGGUCUGGUUGGGUUUGGCUUGUCUUGAAGAGAAGCGAGAGGAAGCUUGAGGUGGUUCACACGCGAAACGCUAUCAACCCACUUGCUUUUGGAGAUAUUCCAAUCAUCAGCCUAGACUUGUGGGAGGUAAGGGAAUUGAAGAACCUCUGUUUAGAUCCUACCAUGCGCCAUGUACUGACAUUCGUCUUUAUCCUUUUCAGCAUGCUUACUACUUGGAUUACAAGGAUGACAGGCGAACAUAUGUGUCAAACUUUCUGGAUCACCUUGUCUCUUGGCAUACUGUCACUCUACGCAUGAUGCGCGCGGAGGCUUUUGUGAACCUUGGUGAACCAACUAUCCCAGUGGCAUGAGAUGAUAUGGACAUGACCUGGAGUUGUCUCUAAAUAUGUCAAUCUCACGAGGGAUGCCAAGGAAAAUCCUGAACCACAUCCUACUGGAUGAGACGGAGAGUUUGCGGGGGGCAGCCUGAUGUAACCACCUCAUGCAAUGCACGGUGAACAAGUAAGCUCUGCCUGGAGAUAAGACAGCUGAUGUUUCGUCGUUGUCCUCAUUCGUCGCUACAGGGAAGUGACCUCCCAUUUCAAGUUAUUAUGCGGUAAAAGCAGAGAUGGACGCUUCAGAGCACGGGCACUUGAGUUUAGACUUUAGAGUACGCGCCAUCGAUCUAACUUGUGCUUGAAGCCACAGAACUUUAUGUCUUCAGAACAAUCUCCCAUGGUGCUGUUAGAGCAGCCCCUAGUUUUCCACCGAUUGUAGGCAUAGCUUCAUCAUUCUGUUGCAACAGAAUUCUGCCAUGGUGCGCCGAGGCAUAUACCCCAUGAAUGUUUGCCUUGCUCAAACAUAUUCUUCUUUUUCAUCAAUAGUCUCCGCCCGAUUCUUUGGAACA